CCUGAAACCGGAGAGUGAGAGUCAGAGACUCGUUGUUCUAAAAAAAAGUUCUGAAAAAAAAGUGAGAGACCCUCAAUCCCUCCCCAACCGGAACACCCACUCCGACGAGAACGACAUGGACGCCGGCGGCGAGGAGGAGAAGCAGGAGCGCCACCGGGUUGAUGGUGCUUCGCCUUCCAUGGUCGCCCUCCGCUCCGACGUCCUCCACGCCAAUUGCUGACGCUGAAGAGAAUUUGGGUGAGGUUGAAGUGCGUGAGGCCCAUAUAGCCAAAUCCUUGUACUUCAUAAGGGUUGGGGAGAAGGGGACCUCCUGUUGCAGGUCCUUGGAGGGAAGUCUCAUAAUCAGGACACUUCUGAAUUGGUCACACUGUCAUGCAAGAAUAUGAUAAAAGAUCACAUGGUAUUGACUUCCUCAAUCGGGACUUUGUUGUCCGAGGUAAAUUGAUAUACAUGCUCGGUGUCUGUAUGAAGUGCAUGGCAAUGCAUCCGGAAGCAUCAGCUGUUGCCCCAGGUCUUCUUGAUAUGAUCAGAUCUAGAGCUGUUUGACAACAUCCUGAAGCAUAUGUCAGAAGGUCUGUGUUGUUUGCAGCUUCUUGCAUAUUGAUAGCGCUGCACCUGUUGUAUGUCUCAUCAGCUCUUAUAGAAGGAAAUCAGGACAUUCUACAUACACAUAUGGGUUCUUCAUGUUGCAGAAGCUGAUCCUGAUACAGAAUGCACAUAUCAGCCAUUAUGACCUGUUUGCAACUUCGUUCUGAGAUCUUCAGACAUCACAAGCACUGAAUCGGUGGAUCACAGCAUGGCCAGCAGCUGCAGGGCGAGAGGAGGAGGAGGAAGGUGCAUGCUCCAUGGUGACCACCAGCCACAGGACAGGGCACUCCCGGAGCGUUGGAUUAGCCGCGAGGGACGAUCCAACGGCCGAGAUGCGUCUGGUGCAGAUGGGUAUGUGCUGCCUGCGGCUCCAUUCUGAGAUGGCCCUUCAGACAUCACGAGCACUGGAAUCGGCGGAUCACAGCAAAGCCAGCGGAAGCAGGGGGAGGGAUCCGUGGGGACCACCAGCCACAGGAUGGGGGCACUCCUCGAGCGUUGGAUCAGCCGCGAGGGACGAACCGACGGAGGAGAUACGUCCGUGCAGGGGGAGCGAUCUGUGGGGACCACCAGCCACAGGAUGGGGGCACUCCUCGACGUUGGAUCAGCCGUCGACGAUCCAGCAAAACAAAGGUCUGCUAUGGGUAACAGCCUUCCUGUAGAAUCAAAGUUCACUGAUGAAAAAGAGAAUGACAGAAUUAAGUAUGUUGUGUCGUCUAUGCAAGGAUGGGGUGAGAAAAUGGAAGAUGCUCAUGCAGCUAUUCUAAAUCUUGAUGAUACCAUGACGUCAUUCUUUGGUGUUUAUGAUGGCCAUGGAGGAGCUGAAGUAGCAUCAUAUUGUGCAAAACGAUUUCAUAUUGAGCUUUGCAAUCAUGAAGACUACGACAGCAAUCUAAGUAAUGCGAUGAGGAGUGCGUUUUACAGCAUGGAUGAGGACCUGCAACUGUCCGAUGCUUGGAGGGAGUUAGUUAUUCCUCGUAAUAAUGGAUGGAUGUAUUUUCUCAAGGCUGCAGCUUGUACAAGCAUUUGCAAGGCAACUUAUACUGAGCCAGCAUAUGAAGGGAGCACAGCAUGUGUGGUUGUCAUCAGAGGUAACCAAUUGAUUGUUGGACAUGCUGGUGAUUCUCGUUGUGUACUCUCAAGAAAUGGUCAGGCCAGUGCAUUAUCCGUCGAUCAUAAACCAGACAGUGAGUCUGAAAGAGAGAGAGUUCAGAAUGCAGGAGGAGUAGCUGUUGGGCAUAGUUAUCGUAAAAUAAUGGGGAGGUGGGUAACCAAGAAACAAUGGGGCUUUACUGAUUUUAAGGGAAGAGUAUCAAUCUCAAGAUCAAUUGGGGACUUUGCUUGCAAGAAGAACGAACGUUUACCUCCUGAAGAUCAAAUGCUGACAUGUAAUCCGGACAUCCUGACUAUGGACAUAACUGAUGACAUGGAGUUUCUUGUGAUAGCAACUGAAGGCCUCUGGUGCAACAUGACAAAUCAAAAUGUGGUUGAUCACACACAUGACCGUCUUUUGGAGGGUGCAGAAGCGCGUGUCAUCUGUGAGGAGCUUGUUCAGUUUGGCUUGCCAUCGGGCGACAACACGACCGUCAUCCUGGUUCUGUUCAAGCCCGGCGCCUACCCUGCUGUUCCGCCGGUCGACACCGACACUGACACUGACAGCCACACCGGCGAUGAUGUCGACAACAACGACCCCGCCAACGAGGUUGAUCCCACUGCCAAUGCCGGGUCUGAUGACAGCAACACCAGCGAUGAGGUCAAGGUCGACGCCACUGCCACUGCCGUCGGCAGCAGCAGUACCACCGCCGUGGCUGCCGACGAAGCCACCGUGGUGUCGUUGUCGACUGCAACCAUCACCAUUGUGGACAACUACUUCUUCAUUAACACCAGCGAGGAGGUUGAUCCCACUGCCAAUGCCGGGUCUGACGACAGCAACACCGGCGACGAGGUCAAGGUCGACGCCACUGCCAGUUCCGGUCUUUCCGAUUGGGAACUUAUAUAUUCUGAAUUCUGAUCCUGUUAGUGGUAGACGAGUAAUAGCACCGACCCGUUGAUAGUAGUAGUUUGGUUGUGCUACUUUGCUAGACUGAGACACCUUGAAUUAAUUGUUUACGAAUCAUCUCUAGCCUUUUUAGUUCUGAAGGUGAUUGAUCUAGUGAUGCUUUUGUUGAUCUUCAUUUUGAAUCUCUGUGCAUGGUAGUGGUUUAUGAACUACUAGUAGUAUUUUUCCCAGUUUC